AACAUGAACAAUUUGACUAAAGCUGCAGUGCGUCUUGUUAGCACAACAUCGUUGAGGAAUGCUUUCGGUGGCAAGCGCGACUUCACACGAACUCUUUGGCACAUGUCAAAGAAUGUAGAUACAGGCAGCCAUGUUUCUGGUGGAAUAUUAAAGGCCAAACCCAGUGUUAGCUGCAGUUGCGGUUGUGGUGGAUCCAAGCACAUGCACACCAAAGGAGAGCGGGAAUUGGUUGAAUUUCUGACUGAAGAGAUUUUGGCUGAACGCAAAGCUCAAAAAAUCAAAACAGUUCCUACAACCCUGGAAGGUUUCGCCGUUAAAUUAGAUGGUGCUGAAGUUGAACUUACCAAACAGGGAGACAAGGAGAAGAUUGUUAUUAACUUUAACGUUAAUCACACAGUCGAUACUGAAGAGGAGCCAGAAAUUAAUCCCUCUGCUGAUAAGCCAGACUUGGGAGAAAUGCGUAGCAAACCACAAUUUGAAGUGGAUAUUGUGAGAGGCAAUUCAACCUUGUCGUUCACAUGCUCCUUUUUGGAAGGCACCCCAGAAGAAGGAGAGUACAAUGACAUAUUCGGCAUCGACGAGAUGACUAUCUACCAAGGAGAAUGGAAUGAAAAGGUUUACGCUGUUGCUGGAGAUGUUUUGGAUGGCUACCUUUACGAUUUGCUUAUGAAUUUGUUGGAAGAGAAAGGUGUCAGCAAUGAAUUUGUAGAGAAAAUGUCGGAUCUUGCCACAGCCUAUGAACACUCCUUAUAUAUUGGUCUGUUGGAAAAUGUUUCAAAAUUCACAACUGGAAAGUAAAUAUC